CAGUAUCGUUUCAGAAUCGUUGCUAACAGGUACGUUCUUGUCUUUACUGAUUCCAGGGAGUCCUGUGUGUGUGUUUUUUUUUUUUUCAUACGCCCCCAAUCAACUACAUAGAUAAAUAGAAAAUUGUGACUGGCAGACAAGACACAAACAAGUUUUAGGGGUGAAUAUGACAUUUAUAUUUCUUUUGUCACAUGGGACAAAGAAUGCCGACAAGUGACAAAGGACACCGGGUCUGAUACACUUGUGUGUCUUUUGAAUAUAUAUAUAUAUACUAUAUACAAAAAAACGCCGCAGUCCUUACACCCCGGGGGGUUGGUUGUGUGCGUAUAUUCCAACCAAUCGCGUUUCAAAGUCUCGGUGAGAAGUUUUGUGCUACUAUUUUAGUUAUUUUUGUUUUUGUUUUUUUUUUUUUACUGUGUAUGUGAUUUAUAGGAAAAAUGAUGACGAAGGACAUUGCAAAUUUUCCUGGAAUAAAAUUGGGUUACGACAUCCUCUUCGCCUGGCAACAACGCGGUUCAGUGGGUCGAGAGCACGAAAAAGAUCAACACGAAUAAAGGAUAUCAAUUACGGUGGGAAGAGUCCAUCCUUGAAAUUGGAGAAUUUUGCUUCUUUUUUUUUUUAUUGUGGAACACUGGAAUUCAAUGGUUUUGAGAGAGGUUAGCUUCAGGACUUGAAACCACGAUUCCGAUCAGCUGUUCAACGUGGACGUGACAACCCUUUGACAACUUCAGAGAAUCAAAGUUCCGAUGCUGUUCAAUCAGAUCAACUUUUUUUGUUCGACAUUUUUUUUCUUUCAAGAUUCAGAUUUAAUAAAAAGUGAAAAUGUUAUCCUACAUGUUGCCAACGGAGGACAAACCGCCGCCGGGCAAAAUACAAAAUCACAACGAUUUGCGAAAUUAUACGAGCAAUGUGAUGUUAAAAAAAACUGUCGAUUUGAAUAAUAGAACAAUGAAUUCGACAUUAUUGGCGAGACUUGAGGAUGGUACUGGUGAUCGAUAUCAUCAGCAGCAUCAUCAAACAAUGCAAAUUCAAGGACAAACUGUGAUACCAAUUGAGAGUCCUAAGCAUAAUGGUACCGGCCGAAAAUCAACCCUCCAUACAUCAUCACGAGUCACCAAGGACGAUAGUCUCUAUAGUAUUGACAGUGAUGCAAGUACUGUUGGUAGUGAGAGAAAAAAUAAAAUUCUCAAUGGCGCAAAGCACGCUAGUCUCAAGAGGGUAUCUUUUGGAUCGAGUAAAGGAUCAAUGGUUGAAACUCUUGUGUACGAGACUCCAGUGCAAGAAGAACCUGAGAAUAAUCACUUUAUGGAUCACAAUGGUCGUCUACCAGUUUCAAUGAUUCCAGUUCCUGAUACAGACGAGGGACGAGAAAAAGUGCGUGUUUCAUUAUUGGGAACACAGCCAUCACCUGCAACGCCUGGAGUACUUUUGUUAGAUCCAAUUGGCCCUUCAACAGGACAUUUGAUUGAUAUUAUGGCAGCAAGUCCUGUAGAACUUUUAACAACACAUACCGAGCACACCACCCCCACUUAUCACACACAAAUCAGUACGGACAGUGGAUGGGACAAUCCAUUUAGGCCCGAUGGUGAUUUGUCGAGAGAAGCCGAUGAAAUAGUCGAGUUAAUAAAAGGUGGUAAACCGAUAACUCCAACACCGGGACAAAAUGCACCGCCAUUGCCAGGAUGUGAUGGACGAAAGGACGAACAUGACUCGAGUACGAGUCCCCUUUUGGAUUCGACGAGGCAAGGAAAUGGAAACGCUCACAGCACUCCCAUGAAAAAUAAUCAGCAGCCCGUCAACGAGAAGGUGGGCUCGACAACGAGUGCAACCGUGGAAGUGGGCAGGUUGACGGCUCAGGGUCCCGGAGAUGCGUCGCAAGUGGAACACGUGACAUUAAAGAAGAAACCAAAAUGCAAAUGUUGCGUUCUCCAGUAACGUGACUCACGAGGAGAGAGAUGAAAAAAAAAGAACCACCGUCUCUAAUCGAGAUUCAGAAAUUAAAUUGAAUCUUCGUCAAUUGUGUAAAAAAAAAAAAAAAAAAUACAGCCGUAUUCCAGACUGACUAUGACAGACUGAAAAAAAGGCUUUUUACGUCCUCGAAAAUUUUUCAAAGGACCACAAAAUAGGACAUGAAAAGCGUUAUCGCUUCCGGGUCCAUGACGUUGUUCUGUCGUCGUCGUCGUCUUCGUCAUUCGCAAAAAAAUCUCUAUUAUACAAUCUUUCUCCUCCGAUAAAUCAAGAAGAGAAAAAAGAGAAUGACGAUCCUUUUUUUUAUGAAGCAUAAUUUAAAAAAAAAAAAAAAAAAACUCUCUUUAAAAGUGAUAACGAGAGACAGAAAAAAUAUAUUUGAAAAUAUAUUGUAGAUACAGAAUAGUAGCUAUCUAGCUUUAUUGCUUUUAUUAUCGUGGUUACUAUCGUUAAGAUAUUAUCGUGACUAAAAGCCAGAAGAAAAAAAUUCUUCUGCGAUUCUGAAAAGCUCGUAUAUCUUCGAGAAAAAGAGAAAAUUCACUUUGCACGAUGUGCAGCGUAAAGAUUCAGGAUUUUGGAAGUGAAAGAAAAAAAAAAUUUUUUUUUGUAAAUAUUGAAUUUUUCUCGUGACGAACACGAGAAUUGUGAUGUCAAUGGGGACAAAGAAAAAAAAAUAAAGAAAAAGGAGUUGGGACAAUUCUGCAAACUUCGAAAUAGUUUCAGAACUAUCUAUACUCUUUUUUUUUUACUAGACUCUCAUUUCCGGUUGCUGCUGGUGCACAAACUAAUUGUAAAAUGCAUAAUUUUUCUUUGUGAUUAUUUUACCACACAAAAAAAAAACACACACACACAUACAUACACAUAAACUAGGAAAAUGUGCACGUUGAAUUUUUAUUUAUUUUUUUUUUCUAGAUAGAAUUUUAUCAUUCAUAUGCUGACAUUGUGUUUUUAAAAACUUGUGUAUAUAUUAUAUACAUGUCUCUAAAAAAAAAAAAUGUCGGGACGUCUUUUUUUUCCUUUUUAAAAAAAUCAUCUUGACAAAAUGUAGCGAGUCAAUGUACUAUAAUAAUAUAUAUAAUAAUAUAUUGUAAGUAAUCGUGAAAUCCUGAAUAUUUACUAUGAGAGAGAGAGAAAAAAAAUGAAAUCGUGGUGAAAAAUUCUUAUUCGGAGGGUUGAGGGCGAGAUCCACCAAUCAGUUUUUAAAAAUCAAUUUUUCGCCUAGUUACAAAAAAGUUCCUUCUUUUUUAUUCUUCGGAAAAAAAAAUACUUCGCCGUUAAUCGUUUUUAAACUAUGGGUUAUCUGUCCAGUAGAAUAAAAAAAAAUAGAUAGAAAAUAGAAAAUUGUGAACAAAAAAAAAUUCGGUAACCCUGAAUUUUUAUCUCGCUUUGCAGUGCAAUACUUUUCUUUAAUAUCUUUUCUCGACGAAAAAAAUCGAAGUGAAAUUUUAAAAAUUAUUUAUUUUUUUUUUUUAGUGUUUUGAAUAUAAUAUAUUAAUAUAUAAUACUAUAAUUUAUAGUAUAUUUAAAAUGUUUUAAAUUAUUCUAUUCUAAAUUUUCUCUAUUUUCGACGAUUUUAAUUAGCUUCUAUUUAUAAUCAUUGAACUUUUUAAUAAAAAUCUAAUUUAUCGUUUGAGAUUUAAAUUAUAAGAAUUUUAAAUAGAUUUUAUAAUUUAGAAAUAAAUUUUCGAAUUAUUAAAAAUUGUAAAUUUACAAAUUACAAUUAAUUAUAUAAUUAAAUUUAAAAUAAUUUAUAAUAAUUUAUAAAAUUUAAUAAUUUUGAAACAAUAAUCGCUAUAAAAAAUAUUUUUUUUAAUUAUAAUUUAUUCUUAUGAAAAAAAAAAAAACGAGGAGGAUAUUGACGAAAAGAAUUGUAUUAUAUUAUAGUCACUUUCCCUUCAAUUAAUGAAGGGGGAGGGUAAAAUAAAAAAGACGCGCUUGCCCAAGUUUUUCACGCUAAACUUAGGGAUUAAAGUUCGAUCGGCUCGAUUGCAUUUUUCAAUAUUUGACUCUGUGUUUUUUAUACGAAGCAAAACUUUAAAGCGCGAAAGGAAUUUUAGCAUGAGAAUCCAAAAAAAAAAUCAAAGAUUUUUUUACCGCCAAAAAUCUGAUUAUAUUCUCUAUUUUACAAAAAAAAAAUUGUCGAUGUUAGAUUUUUAACUUUUUAAACAAAAUAAAAAAAAAUAUGAAACUAAAAAAAAUAGAACAUUUUUUUCGUUCUUUUGAUGAAAAAAUGAAUAUAAAAAAAAAAAACAAAAAAACAGGUGCAUACGUCCUCGUUAAUCAUGACAUGUAUAUUUAUUUUAGCCGACGAUCGAAGUGAGAAAAAGAGAGAAAGAGAGGCGUGACUGGAUGAUUUAAAAAAAAAAGUAUAUGAGACGAUUUGUAUUAAUUUUUUUUUUUUUUAGAAUUUAAGUUCCCGCGGACGAACGGUAGGAUACUCGCAUGCACGAAAAAAAAAAAAUCUUGUAUAACAUCUGUCCCACGCAAAACUGUUGACUCUGCUGAGCUUACAGAUAUUAAACGAACAUUAAAUGUCUUGUUAAAAAAAAAAAAAAAACAUUUUAAUGUUAUUUCUUAAACUCCCACCUUGUCUUGCAAUGUUCGAUUUUUUUUUUCAAGUACUUGUUAAAGAUCAUCUCGCGGGAAUAAAUUUAUAUUGAAAAUAAAGAAAUACUUCAUUGUCCCCGGUUUAAUGAAUGGGGCACUUAAGACUCUAAACUUGUGAAGAAGUAAAUUCCUUUGUUUGUUUGUUGCGACUAAUCUAAAAGGAAUCACGAAUCAAUAAAUUAAGCGAUGACUUAAUUUCAUUCCUUGCGAGAAUAAAAGGAAUUCUUGCAAAAAACAAAAAAUUAAAACUCAUUAACAAUUUAUUUUUUUGUCGCUUUGUUUCAAUUUUUAAAAUUAUUUUUUUAAAUAAAUUUUUCCUGCAUUACACAAAAUGGAUAAAUUUGAUUAUAAUUCAAAAUCAAGUUCUACUUUUUUGUAAAUUAUUUUGCAUUUACAGAAAAUUAGAAAUUUCCGCAUUUUUUAAUUUUUGUAUUUUUUUUUUUUUUCAGGAAAAAUUCCCAUGAUUCAAAAUGUCAUACAUUAGCGCAAUUGUAUAAUUUACAAUAAUUAACUUCUAUCGGACUUUUAUUUUAUAAAGAGACAUUCACAGAUGAGGAAUAGAAAAAAAGGUGACAAUUAUUAUUCUCAAUCUUGUUUUAUAGGUGCGAAUAGAAGGUUUUUGCAUUUAACAUCCACAAAUCAAAGCCAAUUGAAUAAGACAUUAAAAGAAAAUGUGAUGCAAUUAAAAUGAGAACUUUACAACGAGGGGAGAUUAAAUCAUAAAACUUGAAAUCAAUGAUUUAUUUUGGAAAUGAGAACACGGCAUUUAUAUAUAAAACGCUAAAGAUGAUCGUGAAAUGUUUAUUCUUGGGCAAUACCAUUCAGGAUUAAGAACUAUAUGAACCAAAAAAAAAAAAAAAAAAAAAAAAAAAAAAAAAAAAAAAAAAAGGAA